AUGAGGGCGUUCUUGGCUUUAUUGUUGACCAUCUCCAUCAUCGCCUGCGAUGCGGAGUAUGAUUCGGGGAAGAAACAUGUUUUGCACGGAGGUUUCGUACCGAGCAUCCCCAUCGAUCACGGCGGCGUUGUAUUGCACAAUCACGGAUAUGAACACGGAUAUGGGCAUGGAUAUGGACACGGAUAUGGAUACGGAUAUGGUCAGGGAUAUGGACACGGGGAUGGAGUUUUGCACGGUGUAGGAAUCGGUCCUGGAAUCGGAUUCGUCGGAGGAAGCCAUGGAUUAUACGGACCAAGUUAUGGACAUGUACCCGUGCAUCACAUUCACAAAACUAUCGUGAAUCGCGUGGUUCCAUAUCCGGUUCCCGUGCCUCAACCCUACCCCGUCACUCGCAAGAUUCCCGUACCGGUACCGCAUCCCGUACCCGUCGAAGUAAAACGACCUGUUCCAGUUCCGGUGCCUCAUCCCGUCCCAUUCGUCGUCACCAAGCCCUAUCCCGUUAACGUACCCCGUCCGGUACCAGUGCCGGUCCCUCAACCCGUGCACGUUCCACAUCCAGUGCCGCAGCCAGUCCCAGUUCCGCAUCCGGUUUCGGUACCGUUUCAUCAACAUUUACAAAUCGGCCCCAAUCCGUAUCCCCUCCCACUACCCCCUCAAAAUGUUCAACCAAUUGCUCCCAUCGGAAUUGGACACGUGAAUGGAGAUGCCGGCGCUAUAUUGGAAGGCGGACACAGCUCCGGACUUGCCAUAUCCAGCGGUAUCGUGAACGGUGGUGAACACUCCGGUUUUGUAGGUGUGCCGAAUUCAGAACUUCAUUUAAGCGAGCAAUCCGGCGAGGGAUACUCAUAUCCGGUACCGUCGAAAAAAUUCUUUUAA